GGGCGGUUGCAGCCCCAGACAGGGGGCGGCCCGUUACUAAGCACUUGCACCGCGCAGGGGUCUGACAACGACGACGGCGACCACGGCCACCGACAGAAGGAAAUUGUGAUCACAACACAGGACGCUGCUGGAACACAGUAGGGGAUGGCAGUGAAUGUGUACUCCACAUCCGUGUCCAUUGACAACCUCAGCCGACAUGACAUGCUGGCGUGGGUCAACGAUUCUUUGCAUCUCAGCUACACCAAGAUUGAGCAGCUCUGUACAGGAGCAGCGUACUGCCAGUUCAUGGACAUGUUGUUUCCAGGUUGCAUCCUUCUGAAGAAGGUCAAAUUUCAAGCCAAGCUGGAGCAUGAAUUUAUACACAACUUCAAAGUUCUUCAGGCGGCUUUUAAGCGGAUGAGUGUCGACAAAAUUAUUCCCGUAGAAAGGCUCGUAAAGGGGAAGUUCCAGGACAACUUUGAAUUCGUGCAGUGGUUCAAGAAGUUCUUCGAUGCCAACUACGACGGGAAGGAGUACGACCCUUUACUAGCCAGACAGGGGCAGGACGUGGCCCCCGCCCCCAACCCAGGUGAUCACUUUAUCCACAGACCAAAGAGAAACCCAGGACCACAGAGGACAUCGCCGACAGUUCCCAAAAACAUGCCAACACUGCAGCGGGUCCAGCACAACACUCCGGCCGUGAGGAAGAAUCCGUCUUUGUCCAGAAACGGGGGCAGCGAUGCUGAGAUCAUGGAGCUAAAUCAACAGUUGAUGGAGUUGAAGUUGACCGUAGACGGACUAGAGAAGGAGCGAGACUUCUACUUCAGCAAACUACGGGAUAUCGAGCUGAUCUGCCAGGAGCACGAGAGUGAAAACAACUCGGUCCUCAGCAAGAUAAUGGACAUUCUCUACGCGACAGAGGAAGGCUUUGCGCCUCCAGAAGAUGAAGACCUCGAUGAACAAGCCCACCUGGACCAGGACGAAUACUGAACCCAUCAUCUCCCUCCCCCAUAACAUCUGCGCUUUUCCUCUCCUCUUCUUUCUUGCCCUCAUUUGUUUUCUGCUCUCGCUGCUCGCUCGCUAUAAAUACUUACCAUUGUCCCUACUACUCCCUGUCCAUCUUUUCCUUUCUUCCUCAUCUGUUCGUAAACUCCCUCUGGCCGUCUGCAUACAAUGCACUACUACUUUGCAUCAUCUUUUGCCGCUCGUCCCUUCCACCGCUGACACAGUAACAAUAACAGCAGUGUGAGACGUAUCCAAGUUAUUUCAGCAUGAGUAACCGAGCCCCGAGACUUGCGUGGAGGUUGUCAAGGCGAAACAGUGAAUUUAAGUCUGUAAAUAUUACUAACAUUUUUGAUUUCAGAGAGGAAAAAUGUCGUCGCUCAUCAUGGAGUUAUGUAUCUGCCUUUGGUGCACUGUUAAUACUACUACUACUAGAGCACAGAACAACACUGCUCCCGUCAGGACUUUUUAUUAACAAUUUCCUAUUUAUUUAAUUUAUAUUUCAUUCAGUUUAACUUUCUGUAGCAAAAUCGGUGCAAAACCUACUGUAUAUGAACUGAAAUCCGAGGGCCCUGUAUGUUAUUUGAGUUAAGGUGUGUGUUUUGGGGGUGUGUGUGUGUGUGUGUGUGUAUAUGUGUGUGUGUGUGUGUGUGUGUUCUGUUUUGUUUCAUGGUGGGUUCGUGGCAUGUGGAAGCACUGAAGGAAAGACUUUGGUGUACUGACUCGAGGCACACGCGCUCGGCAACUAUUCAAAUUUUGAUCGGCAACAUAUCUGAGCAUGAGAAUGUUACACGUUGACUGUGAAUGAGCGCUGCUUUGUAAAUGUAUUCUGUCUGGAGGUUUUUGUCCAAUGUCGCACGAUCCUGGUCAGUUGCGUCUUCUGGGUGGCGAAGCUAUGCCUGCAGACUGACAACAGGGUUGGAGAUUGUAGCAGUUCUAAUGUUUUAUUAAUUUUGGCAGCCUGACACUGAAUUGAUAACAAACAGAUUCGCACAUGGCAGCUUUUGUCAUGUUCUUAGUGCUAAUCAUGCUGUGUUUAUCAUAUUUGAUUUGUAAUAAAUGCUUAUCCAGGAUGUAUGAGUUGAAGUGUGGAAGAAGGUCAGUAUUAAGAGAUCAGUCAUAAGCAUUUAGCAUUAGCAUCCAGUCUAACCAAGGAAGUGUCCCUGUCUUCUCCCCCAGCUACUUUUACUUUGCAAUCUGGCCGUCAUCUGCUCUGGAACUUCUUUUUUUUUAACCAUGUAAAACAUCUACUGAACACUCAUCUUUUGAGUUUUGAAUAAAUAAAAAACAGUUGUGAAAUAAA